AUGGCAAAAUCUACGCGGUCCAAGUGGAAGAAGUUGCACCGCCGACAGCGGGCGCAAGGCGUGGCCUCCGCAGUGGCGAAACGUGUGGAGCGCCUCGCCGGCAAAUUGCAUCUCGCAGCCCAUGGUGGACUCAGCGCCGUGCCGAUGGAGGAUCCGGAGACACGCUUUCACUUUGUCAACCCCGUACUCGAUCCAAACGUUCCGCACAACUGCAGCGGCCGAAACAACAACUACGAGGCCGUCGCGCGGGAGGCGGUGGACUUCACAAAACCUUUACGUCUCCCCGCCCCGCGGACGAACUUCUACGGUAGAAGCGAUCCCAACGCGCCGCACCCAAUGACGCUUCAGUACGAGGUGGUUAACGCGGAUGCUCCCAUUGCUGGACAUGCACUCUCCGUCGAGGAUGUUCAACGUAUGGAGUCGCUGGCGCAGCAGGUAAACAAUCAGACUAAUAAUACUAAUAACAAUAAUGAUAAUAAUGCUAAUGAAGAGGAAGUGGAAGUUAAAGAGAGAAUCCAAGAUGAUAACGAGGAUGGAAUGGAGGAAUUUGUUUUGGGGUGCAAUGACGCAGCUGAGGAGACAUCAACGAAUACCAAGGCUUUGCUUUUCGGAGGCCGUCAUUCCGAAGUGAAGAAGAAGAGUAAGAAGGCGAUGAUGACGACAGAAACAGCAGCGUUAGGUUCAACUUCAGCAGAAGCCAAGGCCCCAAAGCGUAUCACCAGUAUGGAGAACCCCUCUAAGAAAAAAAAUCGUGUGGUACAAGUCUCGGGAGACAAAAAAGUAAAGCGACUCUCUAAUACCCCGAACACGGGCUUAGUGAAAUCCGGUGCGAAAACCGUCAAGAGGUGA